UGGAUGGACAUAGUCCCUGGUUUGGUGAGUGGACCGUGUGUGGGACUUCAGCUCUUAGGUACCACCUUAGCUGGGUGCACUUGUUUAGUAUGCGGAAUACACCUUCCAUGCAUGGUGACCUAGGAUAUAUCUGCACUGCUCAAUCUAGGGCAGUGUUGCCUCCCAGGGGACAUUUGGCAAUAUCCGAAGAAAUUUAUGAUGGUUAAAACUGAACCAGAGAGGGUAGGUGCUACUGUCAUCUAGUAGGUAAAGGCCAGAGAUGCUGCUAAACACUCUGCAGUGUCCAGGACAACUCCCAACAACAAAGAAUUAUCCAGCCCCAAAUACUAAUUGUGCUGAGAAACCCUGGUGUCUGUGAACCUUUCAGGCUUAAGGGGAAAGGCGGUGAGAGAGGGUGAUAGCUGGAGGUGGGUGGACCUGAGAACAGUCACCUUGCAUACUUUGCUGCAGUCUCAUUUGCUUGUGGCAGUUUUCACCUUGCCUCUCCCACCCCUCUACCAUAGAACUCUUAUUCAUCACGUUGUAGGUUUCAUCUGUUUAUUCUUAUGUAGCCAUUUUCACUAUUCCCUCUCCCACCCCCACUCUCCCUGAGCAGUAAAUUCUGUGCAAUCUUGUGUACUUAAUUUCUGUUUCUGGGCACACUGUAAAACAUCUGUAUUUUAAUAGUAUCUGUCAGGAAAUUCUAUUUUGGCAACCAAGUAUGGGCUAAUCUAAAGUAGCCCAUACUUCAGUGCUGUGUUGAUAAGGCUUUAAUGCAUAGUUAGCCCCUUGACUGUCAGGCUUGGAAAAAAGACAGGAAGUAUUCCUUGUCUUUGGAAAGGAGCCUACUCUGGCUUUGGGAAGGAAAGAGUACAAAUGGUUCUCACCAGAUAGGGUUGCAGCAGCUCUCCCAGCAUUUUGGGAACAAAUCAGGUCAUUAUCUCAACAAUGUCAAAACUGUGUUCCCAGAUCAGUUGUUGUUUGAAACAUUUGGGGCUGAUACUGAGGAGAAGAAUUAAUUAGCAGCUCCCUCUCUUGGUGUUCUUUUUCAGCCUUCUCAAAUUGCAGGACGAGAGUCCCUUAGACAUGCUGGCUGCUCAUUUGGUAAUCUGUAUUUUGCUCAGUACAAAAGGUUGCUGGCUAAGUUUUGUGAGCCCCUCUAAUGUCAGGCUGACAGUGUCUUGGGUUCAAUUAACAAGAACGUUUACAGUAACAUUUUGUCAAUGGGGAAGGACUUGAAUUCACAGAACUGUCUUGGAAAGCCCUGGAAUGAUGGUCACUAUACUGGAUGGACUUCUGAACUAGUGAAUUACUUUGAUCUUUUGAUCACACUAGGAAAUUGUCCAUGGAGUUGAAAUAUUUAUUGCAGUAAUUUCUGACCUUACAUAAUUAAGGUGGAGAGGCAGGGAGAGACCAAAUGAUGAAUGACUGUUGAAUGCCUUUGAGAACUUGAUGCAUAAAAUUUGCAUGACUCCUCACUCCUUUGUGGAUCUAUCAUUGGGCUCAAGCCAGCAUGGCUCAUACCACAAAGGUUAACGGCAGCGCCUCAGGAAAAGCAGAUGAUAUUCUGAAUGGAGACCAGGACAAGGAACAAAAAGACCCUUACUUUGUGGAGACCCCCUAUGGUUAUCAACUAGACUUAGAUUUCCUCAAAUAUGUGGAUGACAUACAGAAGGGAAACACCAUCAAAAGACUGAACAUCCAGAAGAGGCGGAAGCCAUCCGUGCCAUGCCCAGAACCCAGGACCACAUCUGGUCAGCAAGGUAUAUGGACUUCCACCGAAACCCUCUCAUCCUCCAACAGUGAUGACAACAAGCAGUGCCCCAGCUUCCUCCUAGCCAGAAGCCAAGUUACGUCAACUCCAAUCUCAAAGCCACCUGCCCCUCUGGAGACCUCACUCCCUUUUCUUACCAUCCCAGAAAAUCAACAGCUGCCACCUCCCUCACCACAACUCCCAAAGCAUAACCUUCAUGUCACCAAGACACUGAUGGAGACCCGGAGAAGACUGGAACAGGAGAGAGCCACCAUGCAGAUGACACCAGGUGAGUUCAGGAGGCCCAGACUGGCCAGUUUUGGAGGCAUGGGCUCCACAAGCUCCCUCCCCUCUUUUGUGGGUUCUGGAAACCACAAUCCUGCCAUACACCAGCUUCACAAUGGAUACCAAGGUAAUGGGGAUUAUGGUGGCUAUGCCCCAGCUGCUCCCACCACUUCCUCCAUGGGGAGCUCCAUCCGCCACAGCCCUCUGAGCUCAGGGAUCUCCACCCCAGUGACCAACGUGAGCCCUAUGCACCUGCAGCACAUCCGUGAGCAGAUGGCCAUUGCUCUGAAACGCCUGAAGGAACUGGAGGAGCAGGUGCGAACCAUCCCUGUGCUCCAGGUAAAGAUAUCUGUCUUGCAAGAAGAGAAAAGGCAGUUGGCCUCACAGCUGAAAAACCAAAGGGCUGCAUCCCAGAGCAAUGUCUGUGGUGUGAGGAAGCGGUCCUACAGUGCAGGGAACGCCUCCCAGCUGGAACAGCUCUCCCAGGCCCGAAGAAGUGGUGGGGAACUAUACAUCGACUAUGAGGAGGAAGAAAUGGAGAGCGUAGAACAGAGCACCCAGAGGAUAAAGGAGUUCCGGCAGCUUACAGCAGACAUGCAAGCCCUGGAGCAGAAGAUCCAGGACAGCAGCUGUGAGGCCUCCUCAGAGUUCAGGGAGAAUGGAGAGUGCCGGUCUGUGGCUGUGGGUGCCGAGGAGAACAUGAAUGACAUCAUCGUGUACCACAGAGGCUCCAGGUCCUGUAAGGAUGCAGCUGUAGGGACACUUACUGAGAUGAGGAAUUGUGGGGUCAGUGUGACAGAGGCCAUGCUUGGAGUGACGACUGAAGCUGACAAAGAAAUUGAGCUGCAACAGCAGACCAUAGAAGCCUUGAAGGAAAAGAUCUAUCGCCUAGAAGUACAGCUUAGAGAAACCACCCAUGACCGGGAGAUGACUAAACUAAAACAAGAGCUGCAGGCUGCUGGGUCGAGGAAAAAGGUUGACAAAGCCACGAUGGCCCAGCCACUUGUUUUCAGUAAGGUGGUGGAGGCGGUGGUGCAGACCAGAGACCAAAUGGUCGGCAGUCACACAGACCUGGUGGACACGUGUGUUGGGACCUCCGUGGAAACAAACAGUGUAGGCAUCUCCUGCCAGCCCGAAUGUAAGAACAAAGUCGUAGGGCCUGAGCUGCCCAUGAAUUGGUGGAUUGUUAAGGAGAGGGUGGAAAUGCACGACCGUUGUGCUGGGAGGUCUGUGGAAAUGUGUGACAAGAGUGUGAGUGUGGAAGUCAGCAUCUGCGAAACAGGCAGCAACACAGAGGAGUCUGUGAAUGACCUCACACUCCUCAAGACAAACUUGAAUCUCAAAGAAGUGCGGUCUAUCGGUUGUGGAGAUUGUUCUGUUGACGUGACUGUCUGCUCUCCAAAGGAGUGUGCCUCCCGGGGCAUGAACACUGAGGCUGUUGGCCAAGUGGAGGCUGCUGUCAUGGCAGUGCCUCAUACCGCAGACCAGGACACUAGCACGGAUUUGGAACAGGUGCACCAGUUCACCAGCACCGAGACAGCCACCCUCAUAGAUUCCUGCACCAACACUUGCCUAAGCACUUUGGACAAGCAGACCAGCACCCAGACUGUGGAGACGCGGACAGUAGCUGUAGGAGAAGGCCGUGUCAAGGACAUCAACUCCUCCACAAAGACGCGGUCCAUUGGUGUUGGAACGUUGCUUUCUGGCCAUUCUGGGUUUGACAGGCCAUCAGCUGUGAAGACCAAAGAGUCAGGCGUGGGGCAGAUAAAUAUUAACGACAACUAUUUGGUUGGUCUCAAAAUGAGGACCAUAGCUUGUGGGCCACCGCAGUUGACUGUGGGGCUGACAGCCAGCAGAAGGAGCGUGGGGGUUGGGGAUGACCCUGUAGGGGAGUCUCUGGAGAACUCCCAGCCCCAGGCUCCACCUGGAAUGAUGACCGGCCUGGAUCACUACAUUGAGCGCAUCCAGAAGCUGCUGGCAGAACAGCAGACACUGCUGGCUGAGAACUAUAGUGAACUGGCAGAAGCUUUCGGGGAGCCUCACUCACAGAUUGGCUCCCUCAACUCUCAGCUCAUCAGCACCCUGUCGUCUAUCAACUCUGUCAUGAAAUCUGCAAGCACUGAAGAGCUGAGGAACCCUGACUUCCAGAAAACCAGUCUGGGUAAAAUCACAGGCAGUAAUUUGGGAUAUACCUGUAAGUGCGGAGGCCUUCAGUCAGGAAGUCCCUUAAGCUCCCAGACAUCCCAGCCUGAGCAAGAAGUGGGGACUUCAGAAGGAAAACCAGUCAGCAGCCUGGAUGCCUUCCCCACUCAGGAAGAUACACUGUCUCCAGUGAACCUGACAGACGACCAGAUCGCCGCUGGCCUCUAUGCAUGUACAAACAAUGAAAGUACACUGAAGUCCAUCAUGAAGAAGAAAGAUGGUAACAAAGAUUCAAAUGGCGCGAAAAAGAAUCUCCAGUUUGUUGGCAUUAAUGGAGGGUAUGAAACAACUUCAAGUGAUGAUUCCAGCUCAGAUGAAAGCUCUUCUUCCGAGUCAGAUGACGAGUGUGAUGUCAUUGAGUAUCCUCUUGAAGAAGAGGAAGAGGAGGAGGAUGAAGACACUCGGGGAAUGGCAGAAGGGCACCAUGCAGUUAAUAUUGAAGGUUUCAAGUCUGCCAGGGUGGAAGAUGAAAUGCAGGUUCAAGAAUGUGAACCUGAGAAGGUGGAAAUCAGAGAGAGGUAUGAAUUAAGUGAAAAGAUGUUGUCUGCAUGCAACUUACUGAAAAAUAAUAUAAAUGACCCCAAAGCUUUGACCAGCAAAGAUAUGAGGUUCUGUCUGAACACCCUCCAGCACGAGUGGUUCCGCGUGUCCAGUCAGAAGUCAGCCAUUCCAGCCAUGGUGGGGGACUACAUAGCUGCUUUUGAGGCCAUCUCCCCAGAUGUCCUCCGCUAUGUCAUCAACUUGGCAGAUGGCAACGGCAACACAGCCCUCCAUUACAGCGUGUCCCACUCCAACUUCGAGAUUGUGAAGCUGCUGUUGGAUGCCGAUGUGUGUAAUGUCGAUCACCAGAACAAGGCAGGCUACACCCCCAUCAUGCUGGCAGCCCUCGCCGCUGUGGAAGCAGAGAAGGACAUGCGGGUUGUGGAAGAACUCUUUGGCUGCGGGGAUGUGAACGCCAAAGCUAGUCAGGCGGGACAGACGGCCCUCAUGCUGGCGGUCAGUCACGGACGGAUAGACAUGGUGAAGGGCCUGCUGGCCUGUGGGGCUGACGUCAACAUCCAGGAUGACGAGGGCUCCACGGCCCUCAUGUGUGCCAGUGAGCAUGGGCAUGUGGAGAUCGUCAAGCUGCUGCUGGCCCAGCCCGGCUGCAAUGGUCACCUGGAGGACAACGAUGGCAGCACCGCGCUCUCGAUCGCCCUGGAAGCAGGACACAAGGACAUCGCUGUUCUUCUGUAUGCCCAUGUCAACUUUGCAAAAGCCCAGUCUCCGGGCACCCCUAGGCUUGGAAGGAAGACGUCUCCUGGCCCCACCCACCGAGGUUCAUUUGAUUGAUUGUAUGCAAAUAGCCCUCAUUUACAUGCCACCAUUAAGCUGCUAAUUGUUCCUGUUGGGGUGACAGAUACUGAAUGUAUAUGUAUUGUGCCUGAGCUCACCAGCAAACGGAAGCAUCAAGCCCAGGGGUAAAGGCUGAAGCUUUCAUAGUGCAGAGAUUGCCAGCCUGGGCACACACACCUCCUUUCUGGCCAUCUUCUCUCUGUGUAGGGCACACUUUAACCCAGUCUCUGUUGCUGUUGAGUCUCAGCACUGUUUUGUACAGUCAUAGGAAAUUCUGACCUGAUCUGAAGGGGUACCUUCUGUUCACUCCCACAAAGAAGUGUCAGGUUCUCAUUGAGAUGUUUUAAAAUUUUUCCUCAAAUAUUUACAUUUAUUAAAUGUGGAACUAUUAGGAAGCUCUUCCAAAAUCUCAUUCCAGCAUAGUUUUGAUUUUUCUUGUCUUAUUUUAAAAUAAGGAAGUUGAGAUGACUUUGAUCAUCGGUAACUUGGGCCUGGGCUAGACAAAACUCUCAAAGUAUAAAACUUACACAACAAUAUUCUCAUUUGGUUUUAUCUAGGUAGAUGUAAUAUAUGACUUUUUAUAAAAAGAGUAUCUAUAUGAAAUUGACACAGUAUUUUCAACUUUUAUAUUCCAUACUAAAGAUAUGAAGAACUACAUGUAACAUUAUCAUUUUUAUUAAUUGCACAACUCUAAUGAUAAAGGCUGGAUUGUGUUAGAGGAAUUGGCUCUUGUAUUUGCCUCUAGAGAAACAUGGUGUAGUUCUCUUUGUAUUUAUGGAUUCCUUUAUACCAUGUCACAUUUACUUUGGUCCUCUAUGUAUUUAAAUGUUUGAAGUGCCUUAGACUCUUGCCAUAUUUUCAAAAUAAAAUUUCAUUAAGCUCU